UACUUUCGCUUGUUUGGAUUUCACACGAAAAAAAAAACAAGAAAAAUUAAUGCCCGUGAAAAGCCGAGAAUUUCAACGAUAAUAACAUCUGAAUAGUAUAUAGAACAAAUAAAAUGGAAGAAACAUACCAGAUGGAAGGAAAGUGUAUAACCAUCGCAAACGAAUACGAUGAAAUCAUCGAGGAAACCGACGAUGAAAAAUCUAAACAGUAUUUUGUGAUGCGAAACUUUAUCGCGGCGUACGAGUCCCUACCAGAACUUUGGAACCAGUCAUACUCAUUGUAUACAAACAGAAAAGCCCGAAACAACGCCCUCGAUAAACUGGUCGAGAUUUACCGUGAUUUGAAACCAAGAGCACAGCAAGAGGAUGUGAAAAGGAAAAUUAACACCUUACGAUCGAACUACUGGAAGUUGUGGAAAAAGGUAGAACAGUCGAGGUUAACAGCGCAAAACGAGAAUGAGAUAUAUCAGCCUACUUCAUGGGUUUUUCAUGCGUUGAGAUUUUUGGGAGAUCUGGAUCCAACGGUUGGUGGUACGCCAAAGAAGCGUGCGGAGAGCCCAUCCGAGACAAACAUCUCAGCAGAAGUCGUUACUACCGAAGAUAUCAAACCCGUACGAUGCAGAAGACGUAUUCGCAAACGAAUUAUGAAACCGGUAAACCCAGCGAACUACAGCCUGUGGAAUAAAGUUUCACAUGAACGUGAUUGGGACGGUCCCACCGUAGCUAAGGUUUGGGGUGAAAAACUGGUCGAUCUUGAUCCACAGCAGCGGCUUUUCGCGGAAAAAGCAAUCAAUGAUAUUCUGUUUGAGGCCAACAUGGGUUGUUUGCAUAGGUACUCGGUAAAGAUCAAUGAAGACAGUUCAAGAGCUGAUCAUAAUUACCAGCAAGCAGUUGGUAGUUUCAGUCAUCCAGAGGCACAGCAUUUUGUGGCAACAGCGGAGUCGGUGAAUGGCUCUUAGUGUAGUGGUAAGUAAUUUGGAAACAAAAUCUGACUUUUAUUGACAUGUAUUUCAAAAUCAAUUGUUUUUGUGUUGUUUUCUUCGAAUAUCCAUAUAAACUAAAAAGGUAGGGCUGCUUUAGGCGACGGUCGAUUUAAUCAAUUAUUAGAAAUUUUAUUCAGACCCUGGACUGAGUCUUGGUCAUGUAUCAGUAGGAUCUUGUACAUGCCCUAGUAUUGCCUGUACAUUCAAAAUUAAUUGCAAAAUUUGCUGAAAUGAAAGGUCUUUCAAAAUAACGUAUUAGCAGUUUUCAUGGAAAAAUUCAACAUACGAUGCUUUUAUUGCAAGCGA